AUGACAGUCGAGGAGCUCAACCCAACGACGAAGCACACGAAUUCCAAGAUGAACCAGCCGAAGAGCCAGCAGACGAACCCAGAGACAAACCUGGGCUUCUACAACCGAGUGGUCAAGGAUGAAGGCGACUUCGCAAUUGAAGCUCUCGUCGGCUCCUUCGAUGCUGUCGAAAACGGCAAUGGUGAGAUGCUUCCAGACGACGUCAAUCACAGAGGCUGCGGUCCGCAGACAUCAUUGCCGGCGAAUAAGUUGGGGAUUACAGAACGCAUAUCGAUGGUGAGGAUACGCUCUGCGUCGGUCGUGAGGGCUAUAAUCGAGUUUGGAGGGUACUCGAGGAUGGCGUCGGACAAGUCGUUGGCUGGGAAACAGUUUCUUUUUCCCAGACCGUUCACUUCUUUCUUUUAUUGUCAGAAAGAUAUGAAGAGGAGACUUUCUGUGCUCCAGCGGCGACUUGAAAAAACGGGAUCUGGAUCUGAUAGAUCUGAGACUGCAGCACCGCAGCCUGGCAAGGAAGUCAGUGACCGAGCUCUCAAGAAGCGCGCCGUGGAAGAACUGCAACUCUACAUCGAGUUCGUCGAUUCCUAUAUCAUGCCUCUAUGGAAGCAGUUCGACAAAGUCAGCGAUAAAACCCCACGAGCCGUUUCUUAUAGCGACAUCCCUCUCCUUUUCAAAGCAGGAGAACUCGCAUACGUUCGGCCACCAGUCGAAAUCCGCAACAACCCCAACUCGGGCAUCCAAACUGUUUUUAGGAUGGUCUGCAGCACGCGCGACAGCUGCCGGAGCAAAGGAAACGUUUUCUGGUCCGUUUACUGCCUAGACUACCAGGAUGGAAGCUACAGGGCUUUGCGGAGGAAGAUUCAGUUUCCCCAUUUCGACGGCCUCGCGAGUAUUACCGAGCUGCCGUGCUACCCCCUGAAGUUCCACCCCGAUUGCGAGAGCCUGUUGGCACAUCGGAUUGCCGAGGGCGAGAAGUUUAGGAAGUGCGUCGAGGUUGGCAUUCGCGACAUUUACUACUCUGGCUGGACCCUUGUGACGGGUACCUUGCCGAACUCAUACGAUGGUGGCAAGAUUCCAGAGCCGGAACAUGUUGAGAGCGAAGUCAUCAUCGACUUCAAAGAAGGGCUACGACACCUCCCUUCUGCAUUCUUUGAAACUGGGGACGGACGGCUGGAUGAGCAUCCGUGUGAGGAUGAGAAACCGUAUGAGGCUGAGGCUGGGGAUGCAGCAGAUUGGCCAGAGUACAGAAUCUGGCGAACACUCGGAGGCCGGGAACACCACGAGGGUCAGGAGAAUCUUUUCUACAGAGAAGAUGCGGUACAUCGUAAGACCUGGCAAGAAAUAGAGAAGCGAGACAAGUUUCUCACAAGCAACGGAAACAGCGCAGGCGCGGACUUCACAGGCCAAGAUCUCGCCAUCCUCCCAAAGCGCGUCCCGGGCUACGUCCUCCGCGAACGCAAAUUCGCCAUCCUCGACGUCAUGAACUUUGAAACCAACCGCGCGACCGAAAAGGCCAGCCUAGACGUCGUUCAGAUGCCCCCCGAGCAUAAGCGCAUCAUCAAAUCCGCCGUGGCAGCGCACUUCCAGAAGCGCCACCGCGAACGAAGCCACCGCACCACCAGCCACGGCGUCGACAUCGUCCGUGGCAAAGGCAACGGCCUCAUACUCCUCCUCCACGGCCCGCCAGGGACGGGCAAGACACUCACAGCGGAGGCGGUCGCUCUAGAGAACAAGAAGCCCCUGUUUCCCAUUACGUGUGGAGAUUUGGGGUUUACGCCGGACAAGGUGGAACAGUCGCUCAAGGAUAUCUUUCGGUACGCGCACCUGUGGGAUUGUAUCUUGUUGCUGGAUGAGGCGGAUGUGUUUUUGACCAGGAGAAAUGUUACGGACAUCCAGCGGAACGCGCUCGUCUCGGUCUUUCUCAGAGUGUUGGAGUACUACAGCGGCAUCCUCUUCUUGACAACGAACCGCGUCGGCGCAAUCGAUGAAGCAUUCCGCUCUCGAAUCCACAUCAGUCUAAACUACAAGUACCUCGACUGCGAAGACACAAUCGCCAUUCUUGACACGCACCUCGGGCGUCUCCCUCGCCGCCACCCCAAGUCCGCCAACAAUGGAGUAGAGGAACCCCGGAUGAUUGUGAGGGACCACGAAAUCCGCUCUUACAUUCGCCAAGAAUGGCACAAGUACGCCAAAACACAUAAUCGAGAACGAGGGCCAUGGAACGGACGCCAGAUACGUAAUGCAGUGCACGUCGCCACCUGUCUUGCCAUAUACGAGAGCCAACUCGACAACAGCCGCGAUAUCGUGGUGCUUACAGCAGAUCACUUCCGAACAGUAGGCAAAACAACCGACGAAUUCGACGAUUACAUGAAGCGAGUGCGUCGAGCGGAUGCUGAUACAAUGGCGAGGAUGGCUGGCGAGCGGGAUGACUUUGACGAUGACGAGGCAUAUGAGAUGGCGCGCUUUGAGGGCUUCAACCCCACAACGACGAAGGCGAGUAUGGAGAUGAGCCAGAACUAG